AUGUCCCCUGCUACACCAAUUGUGAAGGCUAAGACAAAGCGAAGAAAACGAGAGGAGAGUGAACGUGAUUUACCUCCCGUCGUAGUUGACAAGUUACCUCCUCCUGUACAGGUGGCUAUUGUUCCCACGUCAAAGGAUCAGGAGCUCAUACUGGAUGAAUUGGUCAGAAAUCGACGAAGCCGUAUUCAAAGCCUUAUGGAAUCGUCCAGUUUCGACAAGGUAUAA